AACCAGAGACUGCGGACAGUACAGGAGAUGACCAGAGACUGUGGAUAGUACAGGAGAUGACCAGAGACUGCGGACACAGUACAGGAGAUGACCAGAGACUGUGGACAGUACAGGAGAUGACCAGAGACUGCGGACACAGUACAGGAGAUGACCAGAGACUGUGGACAGUACAGGAGAUGACCAGAGACUGCGGUCACAGUACAGGAGAUGACCAGAGACUGCGGACAGUACAGGAGAUGACCAGAGACUGCGGACACAGUACAGGAGUUGACCAGUAGAUGGCACUGUACACUAAGGUUAUCAG